AUGCCCCCCAAAACACCACGCACACCGCUCAAAAAGCAAGGCCAAGAGGAAGAAGACCUGGAGAACCUAGUUUUCCUCCGGGAAGAGCAGACGGAGGUGAUUGAUCGGCUGAAGGCAAAGAUCGACGCGACUCUCGUCGAGGAACGCACUGAGGCCGCUGCGAAGGUUCACCGAUGGAGGUUGGACACGUGCUUCGCCGAGUUCGCCGCCAUCAAGGAACGCAUCUACAGGGCUGAUCCGAAGAAGCGGAACGACCACAAGAAGGUGGUCGUGGAAUUCGAGGCCUUGUUCGACCAACUGGCCAUGACGCUCGGAGGUUGGAACGCUGGUGCCGCUCCAGCUGCAUCGUCCGCCCUCGUUGAACGACACGACCGGCCCAUCGUGAUCCAGCAACCUCUUCCACGUGUUUUCCCAUCCUUCGAUGGGAAGUACGAGAACUGGGAGAAGUUCAAGGUGAUGUUCGUCGACGUCGUUGACAAGACGAACGAGUCGGCGCGCAUGAAGCUGUACCACCUCGAGAAGGCUUUGAUCGGCGACGCGGCCGGCUUUAUCGACGCCAAGACCAUCCAGGAUGGGAACUACGCCCAUGCCUGGAAGCAGCUGACUGAUCACUACGAGGACAAGCGCCGGAUGGUAGACCUUCACAUCGGAGGUCUACUGAGUGUAAAGAAGCUGGCCUGCGAGGGCCACCUGGAACUUCGGGCUUUGGUGGAUUCCGUCGUUGGGAACGUCGAGAACCUCAAGUACCUCGGCCAAGAGUUCACCGGGGUGUCCGAACAAAUCGUCGUCUACCUCCUGGGCCAUGCUCUUGACGACGACACCCGGAAGGUUUGGGAGUCUACGGUCGCAAAAGGUGCCUUCCCGAAGUACGACGAGAUGAUCAAAACCCUGAAAGAUCGCAUCUCGGUUCUGGAACGAUGCGACACCACCAACGACGAAUCACCAAGGCAACAACAUCAAGCCAAGUCGACCACUACCAAUCAACCUUACCAGAUCUCCAACACAGCUGUCACGUCGUCUCCGAGAAUCUGGUGCGAUUUCUGCAACGGACGGCACCUGACCUUCAAGUGCACUGCCUUCAGCGGCCUCACGGUGCGCCAGCGCAUGCAGGAGGUCAAAGAAAAGCGUGUCUGCUUUAACUGCCUGCGCGCAGGGCACAGCGUGAAGAGGUGCAUACGGACGAGCUCGUGUGGUAAGUGCCAACGCCGACACCACACUCUUCUACACGACUUCUACCAGAAGUCAACCACACUGCAGAGACCAGUUCCUGCUGUGCGCCAAACGCAAGAACCGCUUUCGCCAGCCGAAGUGAUCUGCAAUCCCACCCCCAUGCUGCAAACAGCGAUCGUCAAUCUGCGCGACGACAACAACCGACCUGUUCCGUGUCGUAUCUUGAUUGACAGCGGAUCGCAGGUGAAUUUUAUUUCCAACUCGAUGGCAACCCGACUUAACCUACGAAGAGUAGCGGUAAACGUUCCGAUCUGCGGGAUCGGAGGAGCAACGUUCAACGCCAAGGAAACGAUCACCGUAAAGCUUCAGUCUCAGCACAGCGAUUUCUCCGCUGAUGUAGAGUGUUUGAUUGUUCCAAAGGUGAGUGGGAAGAUUCCAUCGUUGCCGGUCAACUCGACCGAUUGGCCAAUUCCCAAGGGACUGCAGCUGGCUGAUCUGAACUUCCACAUUCCGGGCAGCAUAGACAUGCUCGUCGGUGCCUCCUGGUUCUUCCGCUUGCUGAAAGGAGGACACAUUCAGCUCUGGGACAACUUUCCGGAGCUACGCGAGACUCACCUGGGCUGGGUAGUCGUUGGAGGUGCAGAAGGUGCCAUCUCUGGACAGCAGUACACUCACACAGCUACGCUCGACACCCGAGCAGCCAUGUUCUUGAAAGUACCCGAUCGACCGGAAGAAGUUUCGGCUGGGUCGUCCCCCAGCCCGGGGGGAGGAUGUUGGAUCCCCAACCUAUCGAGGAAAAAUGGCAACACUUGUCAUCGUCGCAAUGUUUGCUGCGAUCGAUGCAACCCUGUGUUCAGCGCGCAACGGCAGCCGUUGCUGCGAUCGACGACAGAAAAGGGAGAAGGAAAAGGCGCGUGA